CUUUGUUGAGCGGCCGCGUCGAGAACAGCUCGCGGCACUCUUGCCCUCUGUCCCCCUCCCUCACUUAUACGGCUCGGACCCAGGACAGCUAUAGGCGUGUCGCGUGAUUCUUCGGCAUGCCACCAUGCCAUCCUAUGCGGAUCAGAUGGCAGAAUCGCACGCAGCCUUACGUCGCCGAAGCGGUCCCGUACGUCUGACGAUCUCGCGUGGACGCCCUUACUUAGAUGGGCGUGGAGAGGUGUGGUACGGCGACCACUGGGAGGAGGAAGAGGUCAUGGACACCGACGAGAUGAUGUCCCUGACUGAGCAGCAGCAAUUCAUCAGUACUACUUUGCGGUCGACGUCACCGAUAGCCGGCACCCCCUCGGGAUCUUCUCUGGCAAAGGUGCUCUCGGGUCUCUCCGUGGGCGCGAGUGUGCUCCUUGUCAUCGAUACAAAUACGCUCAUUUCGUGUCUCAAUCUGCUCGGAGCGCUUUUCGACGAGCUCUUCCACCUCAACCUCACCGCGCUCGAGACAAGCCAAGCGCAGGCUCCCUUGACGAUCCUUAUUCCCAAUGUCGUCGUUGAGGAACUGGACGGGCUCAAGCAUCUCCAUCGGGAAACUACGCUCAGACGGUCCGCUGCUUCGAGGCAAAGAAUGUCUCAUUCCGUGGGCGCACUGGCGAGAAAGGCAAACAAAUGGAUGCUUAUGGCUCUCCAAACUCAGAAGCGCACAACAUGCGCAUCGCCCAUCGCGCCCCGCGACCGAAUCGCCGUACCGGAACACUCCUGGGCUCUGCACGUCGAAAAUAAGAGCCACGCGCUGGCAGUACAGCAGCAGGCCGGGACGGACCACGCUCUUGAACUCUCGGCGGACCAGCAAAUCAUCUUGCUCUGCCGACAUCUCAACCGCAUCAGCGGCAGUCCAGCAUGUCUCUGCACGAGUGACGCAAACGCCCGGCUUUCUGCGGAAGCCGAAUCCAUUUCGACCUUUGACCUUGAUGAUCUCGACCUCACUGGAAUUAACAUCAACGGUGACAAUGACGGCGAAGAGCGACGCGGUUGGCAUGCCUUGGCUCGCGACCUCAUCGACCAGUGGAAGGCCCAGAUGGGCCUCAUCGGCAAUGGCGGCGGCAGCGGCGGCGAUGAUGAUGACAAAUUCAACGACCCAAUGACAGACGACCCGCACCCAACGGCUUCGAUGGCAGCUUCUGACCAGACGCGGUUCGACAGCGCACACGCGGCUGAUACUGGCUUGACAACAUCGACGACUAUGCUGACCCUCUCCUCGCCCUCUCGACAUCGACUCCCGGCUUCAGCGAAUGGACCAGCACGCCCUUCGCCGAUGUCAGCGCGUCGCCUCGCUCAACGCAUCACCCCAGACGACUACCCCGACGACACAGACCGGACGACGGGCUCCAGCUUCUGGGCUCCCGAGCGACAGAUCCGAUGAGACUUUCUCCCCGUCAAUUACCCAAUUAAUCUACAAUAAUCACCGCCCAGAUCUUGGCUCAAAAGGAGAGAGACUGACGAUGUAACAUUACAACAAUCCAUGCCACUCGAUCCAAACCUAAUUAGACUAACAUUAGAAUUGACACUCUCUUAUACAAUGC